AUGGCGGCGGCAGGUCCGAGUACUCGGGCCUCUUCCGCGGCGGCAGCGGCGGCUCUAAGUCGGCGGGGCCGGCGGGGCCGCUGUGACGAGAUGGCGGCAACGAAGAGUGGGGCCCCGGGUCAGGGAUCUGGCCCUGCGUUGUUGGUGUUGCCACCGCCACCGCCGCUGCCGGAGGAGUCGAGCUGCGCCGGGUGCCUGGAGACCCCAGGGGAAGUGGCGGCCCUGCCGUGCGGCCACUCGCUGUGCCGAGGCUGCGCCCAACGCGCCGCCGACGCGGCGGGCCCAGGCUGCCCGCGCUGCCGCGCCCGCGGCCCGGGCUGGGCCCGUCGUCGAGCCCGCGACGACGGCCAGGCCGACGCGGAGGUGCUGGGCGAGCGCGCCCGCCGCGGCCAGCCAGAGCGCUGCCGCCCGCGCCGGGACGGGGGCGCGGCCGCUGCGGGGCCCAGGCAGGAGCAGGAACCUCGCGCCGCGCCCGCGGAGUCAGAAUUUAUAUUCAGAGCACCAAUCAAAAUAAGCAAGCCUGGGGAACUUCGUGAGGAAUAUGAAUGCUUGAGAAAGCUGAGAGAAGAAAAGUUGCAAGAGGAAAAAAAUUCUGAAGACCAAAUCCACAAGCUGUUACCAGAGGACACAGAAACAGGGAAAAGGAAAAUGGAUGAACAGAAAAAAAGAGAUGAGCCAUUAGUAAUGAAAACAAAUCUGGAACAUUGUCCUGCACGUCUCUCAGAUUCAGAGAAUGAAGAACCUUCUGGAGGCCAGAUGAUCCAGACACAUCGCUCGGCAUUUGUUUCCAAGAACAACUCCUACUCCUUGGCUUUCCUGGCAGGAAAGCUAAACUSCAAGGUGCAGAGGAGUCAGAGCUGUAGUGACACAGCUCAGGACAGAGUGAAGAACAGACUCAGAGCAGCUCCAACCAUCAAAGCCAAGGUCACAACUAUGACUCCAUCCUCCAACCCCAUCAUUGGUGUCCUCUUGUCCACUCAAAAUAACCGCUGUCUCUCAGCCCCUGACUUAACCAUCGAAAAGCGUCUGCCCUUCAGCUCCCUMUCUUCUUUGGCUUCCCUACAUAAGCCAGAGCGCUCUAUCAGUCCUGAGAGCAAUGACAGCAUCUCUGAAGAACUGAACCAUUUCAAGCCCAUUGUCUGCUCACCAUGUACUCCUCCUAAGAGACUCCCUGAUGGCCGUGUGCUAAGUCCCCUCAUCAUCAAGUCAACACCUCGCAACCUAAACAGAAGCCUGCAGAAGCAGACUUCUUAUGAGGCUAGUCCCCGGAUCCUCAAAAAGUGGGAACAGAUCUUUCAAGAGCGGCAAAUCAAAAAGACCCUUUCAAAGGCCACUCUAACUUCCCUGGCAUCUGAAACAGGCGAAGACUUACUAAGUUCUGAAAUUAUCCAUUUUAGCAAGGAAAAGCCACUUCUGGAUUCAAAUACAAGACUCCGCAGUGGGCAGGUUCUCUCUGAGGAGACUGGACCCACUGCCACUGACCUUGAGUAUUUCCCCUCAGUUAGCCAAACAAAAGCUGAAGAGGACAGUGAUGGUAAAAGGARCACUGAGAUCCCACUGGAAAACUGCUAUUCCUCAGAACUCAAAGGGGGAGCCAGUGGGACUUUGGAGGGGGAACAGUUUGAGGGGUCAGGGUCAAUCCCAGAUACCAGGUUAGACAAAACUUACAUAAGCACAGCCGUGAAAAUCUCAACAGUUAAUUCAUUGCUACCCAAAAACAAUGUUUUGGGUGGAGUCCUCAAAACAAAGAAACAGCUGAAGACAUUAAAUCAUUUUGAUCUGGCUAAUGGUGUUCUGGUAGACAGCCUGGGUGAAGAGCCACUUCCUUCCUUGCGGCGAGGUCGAAAAAGACGCUGUAAGACCAAACACUUGGAACAAAAUGGCUCCCUUAAGAAACUGCGACAAACCAGCAGUGAGGUGGGUCUGGCCCCAACAGACCCAGCACUUCGAGAGAUGGAGCAGAAAUUACAGCAGGAGGAAGAGGACCGACAGCUGGCUCUGCAGUUGCAACGCAUGUUUGACAGUGAGAGGCGGACUGUGAGUCGUCGAAAAGGAAGCGUGGAUCAGUAUCUCCUGCGGUCCAGCAGCAUGGCUGGGGCCAAGUAGCACUUAAUGAACAGUGUUACCUAUUUUUAAGAGGUCUUUGACCUUGAUCAUUUAUCCAGAAGAGCUGAGUGUUCUCAUUUGGGUUUCUUUUAUGGCAAAACACUGUCUAAUAUGGUUCUGAGAGGGUCCAGGACCUUGGUAGUCAAAGUACAAGGGAACUGUGUCUGUUUCUCUGGGACCCAGACCAGAAGCACUCCUCACCGCCAAACCAUCCCCAUUGAAGUGACCACCUCUGAGGGCUUCUGGGCCAAAUCUAACAGCACCCACUUGGAGUGAGAUUUGGAAUGGCCUCAUUUAGGAGCAUAAUUGACACAGUUAGAAAUGGUAGAGGAAAGAGGAGAUACCUUCUCAAGCUGAUAGACCUCCUGACUUCUUUCAACAGGGUGUUGUUUUAAAUCAAUCUUGCAGAUAAAAAUUAAUUCCAUGUCUUUCAAAGAAGUGGAGCAGUGUAGUACUUUGGAAGACCCAAAAUCAUAUUGCUAUAUCCCUCUUUCUCUGUGCUUUUGCUACAAGUACCUUUACCUACCUAAAUCAGUUGAGCAUGUGCUUCUACAAAAAUUAAUUUAUGUUCUCUUUUUUAAAAAAUAAUGUGAUUAAUGCUGCAUGGUUGACAUUUCCAAACAGCUUAAUUUGGUCUUCCUAAGAGACCUAACUCAAAAGUGGUACCUUUUUUCAGAUAAUGAAACUGAAGUGCAGAUGUUCAUAUUCUCUCAACAACUAAGUGGCAUUGCCCAGACUGACCACAAGUCCCAUGGGUAUUCUAUACUAACAGGUUGUCCAAACAGACUGCAACCCAGGGGCACCUAAGAAAAGCAGGCUGCGCACUGAACAUUGAAAAAUCCAUAUGCAAGUAAUUAAGUUGACAGGAUGUGCCAUUAUCCUCUCCUUCCCCCGGUUUACAUGUUGUGUUUUCAUAGGGGUUUCAGCCCGUGAGACCAACUGUAGUGAGGCCUCAUUAACACUUUCCUCAUGGCCAGUGAUUAUCUGCAAUGUUGAUCUAAAAUCCUAAAUUCCCUGAAGUCAGGUAAAGAAUGAUGCUGAAACUCCAUACUAUGGAAACAAGGUAUCUAGCUGGAUUCAGCUGGUAAAUUCAGUCCCAUGGACCUUUGGGGUUUAUUUUCCUUAGCAGCUGACACCAUGUGUCUUUUGCAUCCCUGGUGGUGCUUGGUGCUUCUGCCCAUCUGGGCUCAUUGAGAAUAGAGAUAAAGAAAAUUUUAGGGAAUCUCAGAUGAGCUGGCAUUCCCUGUGUAUGUAUGAGCUGUUACUAUAGUCACAUGACUGGCAUUUUAACAAACCUUCCAGAGCUUAUAUAUUCCCAUAUAUGAUAUCUCCUUUGACUAGCCCCCACAGCAUAUGCAUCAUUUUUCCAAUGAUGUUGUCUUUGGUGAAACAUUUCUGAAAACUGUCUUCAAAGUCUAGAAAUUUCUAGAGACAUAGAUUCACUCCCAAAAUGUGAGAACUGGAAGGCACCUUAAUGAUCAUGUAUUCCAGCCUCCUUCUACUAAGGCAAAAGAUGGGGUCCAGAUCAGACUCACUGUUGAAGGAAGUACUUUAUAGUACUUUCUUCUCAGGACAGAUCCUAAAUCUUUUGGAGUUACAGGAGAGAGAAUUGUAAGUUUGAAACUAGCCAGAAGCUAUUUGAAGCCUCUGGGAAAGAAAAUUUAUGAAUAGGGUUUGGAGUCAUAAAUGAGGUACCACUGAAAAACAGAGCCAUUUUCUUGUGCAGCUCACAGUUCCCAAAUAGUUCCCAAAGAGAAAUUCCAGAGAUGACUGAAGCAUUAUGGUCAUUACUGAUAUAUAUGGGACCUCUUCAGUGACAACUCUGGUGGGGAGCAUCUCACCCGAAUGUAUGUAUUCUGCAUGUGCGCACAUGUGCAGAUGUAUGUUUAAAAAACAUACAUCAAUCUCGUGACUUUAUAUUCACACCCCUUCAGUUCUAGGUCCUGCGUAACUUGUGGAAUUAGUGCCCAAAAUAAAAGAGCUGGCACUGGUCUGCAGAGGACAGGGACGGUGACCUUACUAAAUGCCCAUAGAGAAAACUUUUCAGUUACUGCCAUUUGAUGUAUUUCCUCUUUGAUCUUCAUAAAUAUUAUUGGAAAGGCUAGUCUUAUUGGUAGUGGUAAAGAUACUUAUUUUUCCACUUCCCACCUUUUUCUAUAGCACCAAUAAUUUGAAAAACAUUUUCAGUUUGAAUUGAUUUUUGUUUUUGGUAAAAAAGAUAAAUAUUUUUAAUAGAUGAAAAAUAUAUAUUUUAAAUAUUUCCCCAAGUUAAUACUUUGAUUUUAAGAACUUGCAUAGCAGUAGCAACAAGUUUAGACUUCAGAUGAAGAGUAAAAAACUAUUUCUUGUUAGGCGGAUAUUCCAGUCCCAGUUUCUGACCACCCCCGUGCACCUACUGUGAUGCCAAGGAUGGUAUGACAGCUGCCUUGUACACUUCUGCUGAGCACUAGUCCUUUAAAUGUAGGCAUAGCAGGUUAGGUUAGGGAGGGAAGAGACUUAUUAAUUUUUCAUCUGCUUGGCUUUGGAGGAGGAAAAAAAAAACCACUAAGGUAUUAUCUGUAUUUUAAGAUGCUUCACAUACUUAAACUAAAAUCUGAACACUUUUUCUUUCUGAAAAAAAAAUUCAUUUCUUAUUGCCUAUGAAGUUGGUCACAAAUAGAGUCGUUGACAUGAAUUCUUUGGGGGACAGAAGUGAGAGAAAAAGACAAGGAAGGAGAAUAGAAUGAUCGGGCAAUGAACUUGAAUGAGACACACAGUAUUUCAGAAAACAUAUGUUCUUACUAUUGAAGUCCAACUCAUACAGAUUUCCCACAUCCUACCAAUGUGUUCCUGUGUAUAGGCUUUCUGUUUUUUCUUAUUAAGGGUAAGUUAUGAGAGGUGGGAGAGUAGGUGUCAUUCUGACGGGAAAUCCAAGAAAUGUGGCCCCCUCAGAAGAGGGCUCUCAGCCUGUUUCUGCAGAGAAGGAAAGACUGGGAACAUGUUCUACAACCAUUGAUUGUAUCAAGUAGUAGAAGUCAUCUGGGUCUAUUGGGUUGGUAACAGAUCAAAGGAUUACGUACCCAGCCUGUGGUCCCUUUCCUUUUAUUCUUUCUUUUUGAAAACUGGUAAGUCUUAGCUGAGGCUUGCCCAGGAAACCUUUCCUAAGUGGCUUCCUUUAUUUUUACAAUUUUUAAUUUUUAAAUUUUUGCCUGGAGGAAGAAUUAAUCAUAAAUAAUGCCUUGUAGGUUUCUAUUCUUUUUUACCUAAAGGAAAAAAUGCCUCUGGGAGGUUAAAAGCUGCUUAAUUAAUUGCUGUCUUAUUAUAAACUGGCAAAUUGCCUAAAUGGGAAGCUGCCACUAUGCUUGUCUGGUGAAGGCUGUGCUCUUCAUCCUUUCUGCUCAUUUGACAGAUGCUUCUGGAACUCUUAAACUUGUGCCAACCCUGUGCUGGAAAUACAAUGAUGGACAGUCUCUGCUCUUGAGGAGUUCAACGUCCAGUGGAAUGUAUUUGAAUGUGUGUGUGGCUGGAGACUAUGUUAAUGGUCUUAUGAAAGGCUCUUUUUUUCUUUUCCUUUUUUUUAAUAGCAGUGCUCUUCAAAGGUCUCAUUAGGAUGUUCAGCACCCAGCAGGCUGCCUUGAACUUUUAGAGAUCGUCAGAUUCAUGAAUUUGAUUGUAACACUACUUUCCAUUUCCUAAGUAAUUUUACCAGGGGAGAAUGAAUCAUCUUUGUUGUGAUUAUAGAACAAUAGCCUCUCUUCACUAGUAGCUUUUAGCUCAGGAGCCAAGAAAUGAGGCAGGUUGUGGAUCACUGAUGUGGUCAAAAGUGGCCCACCCCUCGCUUCAGUAACAUCCUAAUGUCUUCCCAGCCCAACCUCUCAUCAAGAGCUGAUGGCAACUUGGGAUUCUUUUUUUUCCUACCUGGCUUCUCACUAAAGUGGAGGGCCAGCAGGAGAGCRCCGGGGUGGGGRUGGGGGGUGGAUCAUAAUUCUAAAAUGUGGUUGGAGUAGGCAUGCAAAUCAAGUUAAAGCCCCCCCACCCCUUUUUUUCUUAACAAAUGAGGAUUCAGUGCCCUAUAUACUAUUUUAUCCUCUAGUUUUCUAGGACCUGAAUAAAUAACCCUUAAAAUUACACACAGAUGUCUAUGCACACAUAAUUCAGGAAUGAGGAGGAUACUCCAAUGAUGUGGAAAGUUAUAAUAGUUUUUUGUUUUGAUGUUUUCAGUUAAAAUGAAAAUGUUCCUAUAUCUCCUGAAUACAUACUAGGUAGGGAAAACUUUACCCACAGUGUACUGAGUAAUAUAAAUGGGGAAUCUUGGGAAGUAAUAUGUUUUGGUUGGGAUGAUUGUCAUUUUAAUUACUAAGGGUUAAAAGCUAACCAGCCCUUCAUUUGUCUUUCAAAAUCAGAAGUUCCUUAGAGUCUUAGAUCUUUUUUAGUUAUCCAUCAACCCACAGAGUGAUCUUUUGGCCAGGUCAUUAGCUCUAGCAUAGCUGGUUAUGAAUUCUUGUGGUGAUGAGAAAGUAGGCCUGUGGGGGACAGGUUCUAGGGAAAGAGGCAGCGGAACUGAUUUUCUUCUGAAGAUGAUCCAGAAGUGCAUCUUUGCACAAUUAUUAUCCACUGUAGCUUUCUGAGGAAAAUUGUUCUAUAGAAAAGAGACUUAGAUAUAUGCAGAGGUCAUCAGUUUAGUGAUUAGUCAUAUUGGAUGACAAGGAAAAGUGCCAAGACUGAAUGUGCAGACUGCUCUAUGUAUUACAGUAUUUUCUUUUCCUUUCCUUUCUAGGGGGCACCCCUUGUUGAGUAAAURCUUUCUUAAUGGCUUGGAAAGUGGUAACUCUUAGUGAGAGGCAACCUCAAACUCUGGCCAGGCUCUCUCCCUACCUUUUCCUGUGUCUUAAGACACCAGAAAAAGCCAAGGUCAAGGCUUGUUUAUUUUUCUUUCCUUUCAUUUAAUGAGACCCAGACAAUGCACUCUUCAAAUAUCAUGCUGUUAGAGCUCAAGAGUAGCUAUUGAGGCUGGUUCCAAAUUAACAUGGUGGCAGCCAGAUUUCUCCCUGGUUGGCACCACCCAUCUACCAAGCCAUAAUGCCAGAUGGGAAUAGAGCUGUCCCUCAGAGUCAAGUCUGAAUCAAACCGGGCAUCACUAACCCUGAGCUCCCAGCAGAGCAGUUAAAGUUGGAAUAACAGAGUAAGUAUUAUGCAAAGGGGGGAAAWUAUUAUCUUAAAUGCCAACCAAUGGGUUUUCUUUUUGCAACUGCUGUGCUGUUUAACUGUUCAAAUACAAUUGCCCUAAGGGCCUUUUCCCCUCCGACCUAAAAAUAGGAAAUGCAUUGUCUAUUGAUUCUAUUCAACCUGCUGUGGCUCCCUGGUGGUCCAGUGAUUAUAAUUUAUUCAACCUGCUGUCUACAAUUGGAGAGGGAACCUGGAUCCUUGUGGACUGCUACUGCUGGCUGUUCCCCCUCCAACUCAUCAUAAACAGCAUUUUGACAAAGAGGACUCAAACAGGGCAUAUCCCAUCAGGGAUGCUUCUGCCACAACAAAAUGGUGUGGAAUCAAGUGGGAUGAUGUGUUUAUUUACACAGUACCAAAGUGCAUCUUUCAAUGUAUGUAUGCUUAAGGCAAGACCCAAGCUAAGACUACAGUAAAAAAAAUUCAUGAAA